ACUUACUACGAGCAUUCCAAGUGGAACUCUGUGUUAAACAGUUUUUUUUUUUUGGCAAUUAACUUUUAUGACUGCAGUUAAGGUUGAGGAAACAAAUGCACAAAUUCAUUAAAUGUGUUAAUUUAAGUGCAACAAAUCAGCAUUAGCCCCCGUAGUUUCAAUUUACAUGAAUGUCGCAUUUUCAUAAUUCAACGAUUGCAACCAACGCCAACGUCAGCAAAAAGUUUGAUAUCAACUGUGAAGGCAGCGCAGUGUGAAAAUCAGUUUAAAGACGGUUGUUAAUUGUCACCAUGGCUAGCCCCAGAACACGUCGAGUGCUGCAAGAGCUGAAACCUCAGGACGAGAAUUCGAAAUGUUUCGAGUGUGGCACCCACAAUCCUCAGUGGGUGUCCGUUACCUACGGCAUUUGGAUAUGUCUGGAGUGUUCUGGCAAGCACCGCAGCCUGGGCGUUCACCUGUCGUUCGUUCGCUCCGUAACAAUGGAUAAAUGGAAGGACAUUGAGCUGGAGAAGAUGAAAGUCGGCGGUAAUCGCAAUGCUCGUGAAUUUCUAGAAGAUCAGGAGGAUUGGAACGAGCGUGCGCCCAUAACGCAGAGAUACAAUUCCAAAGCAGCAGCUUUGUAUCGCGACAAGAUAUCAACGCUGGCCCAGGGCAAAAGCUGGAAUCAAAAGGACGCCGAAGCGCGCUUGAAUAGCAACAGUUCGUAUAGCUCCAGCAGCUAUACUUCCAGCUCCAGUAGCACUACGCAGACCCGCGCUAACGCAACAGGUUAUGGUGGCAGCGGCACCGUUGGAGGCUAUCAAAAUGGAGGUGGCGCCUAUAACGAGACUGGCGGCUACCAGCAGUUCCAGACACAGGAGUUCAAAGAUCAGAAGGAAGAGUUCUUUAGCCGUCGCCAAAUGGAGAACGCUUCGCGUCCAGAAAACUUGCCACCAAAUCAGGGCGGCAAAUAUGCCGGAUUUGGGUUUACACGGGAACCACCACCGAAAACACAAUCUCAGGAGCUGAUAGACUCCACGCUGACCACAUUGGCAUCGGGCUGGAGCCUGUUCUCUUCAAAUGCUUCCAAGUUGGCAAGCACUGCCAAGGAAAAAGCCGUAACUACAGUCAAUUUGGCUUCGACCAAGAUUAAAGAAGGCACCUUGCUAGAAACCGUUCAGAGUGGGGUUACAGAUGUGGCCUAUAAGGUGACGGAUAUUGGCAAGCGUGGCUGGAGUAAUUUGGCAGGUGGCACCAACACAUCGUCUCAGAGCGGCUACAACGAUCCCAGUCUCGAGGACAACGGCUAUCAACGCUCCCAAUCGGUUGGUGGGAACCUGGCCGGCGGCUUGGGCCAGCAGAGCGGCGUUAGUGACAGUGACUGGGGUGGCUGGCAGGAGAAUGCUAACAACAAAACGCAUCUGACCAGCUCCAGCUCAUAUCAAAAUCAGCUUAACAGCAAUGCCAUCGGCAAAACCAGUGCCGGGCUUACCCAAGACGACGAUUGGGCUGGAUUCAAUACAACAAGUUAUCAGAAUGCGGAGACAUCGUAUCAAAAUACACCGUCUGGUGGUCAAAGCGUUCGCCGCAGCAUGAAGAUGCAGGAGACUUCACAGAAGUUGAGCGAAGGUUUCGACAAUCUGGAUGUGAAAAAUGUGAAACCCAAACCCGCUGCUUCGUUGACUGGCAAAACAAGCGCCGAGGAUGAUGCAUGGGAUUUGUUAAUGAAUUAACAACGGAAGUGAAACAU